CGACCCCAGCGCGCAUGCGUACGUCGCAGACAAAAGGCUUUUCAAAUGUCAAUGUCAAGUGUUAACAAUUAGGUUAAAUCUCAGUCCACUUUCGUUUUAUCAGUCGCAUGCCGCGAAAAUAAUCAAAAAUGGAGAACAUGGAGGGCCAUUCCCCAGAAUGCCACAUCUCCGUGUGUGCCAGCGACGACGAGCGCUGCGCCAUCGCCCACCAGCCCUCCUGUCAAGGCUCCAGAGGCCUCCUCACCGAGGAGAAAAUGCGCCGCAAACUACAAUUCUUCUUCAUGAACCCCAUCGAGAAGUGGCAAGCCAAGAAACGCUUCCCGUACAAGUUCACAGUGCAGUUGAUCAAGAUCAUACUAGUGACAAUCCAGCUUUGUUUGUUUGCCUACAACCGAUACAACCACGUGAACUACACCUGGGACAACCGGAUCUCGUUCUCGCAUUUGUUUCUCCGAGGAUGGGACGCCAGCAGGGAGGUGAGCGCGUAUCCUCCCGGAGUGGGGCCUCUGGCCGUCUACAAAGUGGAAGAAUUCUACGAGACCAUCAACUACGCAUAUAACAAUUACGCCAAUUUAAGCCAAGCUGUGGGUUCGUAUUCAUACGCAAAUGAAGACAAUACGAUGACUGACAUGGUGAUGUGUUUGUCCCAGUACAAAAAGGGGAUCAUUUUCGGCUUUAACGAGUCGUACGUGUUCGAUUCCGAAAUCGUGGAAACGUGUUUGAACAUCUCGCGCAACGCCACGAAAUCCCCAGAGCAUUUACUCAAUUCCAGACAGUAUUUGGAAAAUCUAGAAAUCAACUUCUCCGCUUUAGUCCAAGCUAGUCUUAAGUUUUCCCUUAAAACUGUUAAUUUUAAAACCGCAGGUCGAAUCUCGCCCCCGAAUUGUUACCGCUUUGACAUUAGUAUUAAUUUUGAUAACGAAGACCACGACGGGCAGAUGUUGUUAUGGUUGGAUGCUCAACCAGUGCGAUUGAUGUGUAAAGGGGACGUCAAGUACGUCACCGAUGACGAAAUCGAUUCACUCUUACAAAGCGUUCUCAACUAUUUCGUUAUAAUCAUCUGCAUAAUGUCGUUCGUUUUGUGUAGUAGGGCUGUCUGGCGGGCCCAGCAGCUCAAAAACGUCACCAACACGUUCUUCAUCGCGAAUUUCGGCCGGCCUUUGAGUCAACACGACAGGAACAAAUUUUUAAAUUUGUGGUACAUAAUGAUUAUAAUUAACGACGUUUUGAUCAUGAUUGGGUCAUCGAUCAAAGAACAAAUCGAACGUGAGGAAUUCACAAGCGACCAAUGGAAUGUCUGUAGUCUGUUUUUGGGUUUAGGUAAUAUGUUGGUGUGGUUUGGGGUUCUUAGAUACCUAACUUUUUUCAAAAACUACAACGUUGUGAUAUUAACUCUAGAAAAGGCGGCUCCACAAGUAGCGAGGUUUCUACUUUGUGCUCUACUUAUUUAUGCAGGUUUUACUUUCUCUGGUUGGCUGAUUUUGGGGCCUUACCACUUGAAGUUCCGCUCUCUGUCGACUACUUCAGAGUGUCUGUUUUCGUUAAUCAACGGUGACGACAUGUUUGCCACUUUCUCGAUAAUGUCCAGUAAAUCGACCAUGUUGUGGUGGUUCAGUAAAAUCUACCUGUAUACCUUCAUCAGUUUGUACAUUUACAUAAUUCUAAGUUUAUUUAUUUCUGUGAUAAUGGACGCCUAUGAUACCAUUAAGGUGUACUACACUGAGGGUUUCCCUCGUAGCGAUUUGCAGAUUUUUAUCGGUGAUACCAACUUCGAGGAUGUUUCUAGUGGGAUUUUUCGGACUGCCUCUAACGACAGUCUAGGGGGGAUAAUGAAGGAUUUAUGUUGUUGCACCUGUAGUAAAUUGCACAAGUCGUAUUCAACGUUGUCCCAUGGCAGUUUGGCCGCUGAAUGUUCCAGGAGGGGGUCCAUUCCGGUUUAAGAGUCGGUAAUAAUUAACGUUUUAUAUAUAUUUUAUUUGUAUAGAGACCAAACUUUUGUACAGGAAACAUACAUAAAUAUACAUAUGACUAGAUAUAAAAUGUUCACAUGUUGUUAAGCUUUAAAUGUACCUAAGUGUCUCAAUAAAUCUUUUAUGUUAAA